AUCCCCCCAUCCCACUCUGUUUUCACCCCCUCCCUAGGAUGUGGCUACCAUGGCAACUGCUGAAUCAUCCUCCGCCGCAUGCAGCCAUCCUCUCACACAGCAAGGCUCUCCAUCCUCGUGGCAAGCAUUAGCAAAUUGAUCUGAUGCUUCAGUUUCCUAGAUUAUCACCGGACAGUCUCAGAGGACACAGAGGGGCAGCAGGCUGAACAGCAGCCUUUCGGAUGGGUAACGUACCCACUUCAGUGAAGCACUGUCUGAGCUAUGAGCAACUUGUCCAGGACUACCCAUGGCUAAGACGCUGGCUGCUAGAGGAGAAGACCAUCACAGGACAUGAGUACCCAGAGUUUGUUAAAAUAGUCGAAGUUGGGCCAAGAGACGGACUUCAAAAUGAAAAGGAAAUUCUUCCGACGGGGGUGAAAAUCCAGCUGAUAGACAUGCUCUCUGGAACAGGCCUGCCUGUGAUCGAGGCCACCAGCUUUGUGUCUUCAAAGUGGGUACCACAGAUGGCAGACCACAGUGAUGUACUCAGAGGGAUCCAGAGAGUUCCUCAUGUCCAGUACCCGGUUCUGACACCUAACAUGCAGGGCUUUCAGGAUGCCGUUGCAGCUGGUGCUACUGAGGUGGCGGUGUUCGGGUCAGCGUCUGAAACCUUCAGUAAAAAGAAUAUUAACUGCUCUAUUGAUGAAAGCAUGCUGAGGUUUCAGGAAGUCAUUAACACUGCCAAAGAGCACCAGAUUCCAGUCCGUGGAUAUGUCUCUUGUGCUCUUGGAUGCCCCCAUGAGGGAAACAUUGAGCCUUGUAAAGUUGCUCAGGUGGCAAAGAGGUUAUAUGACAUGGGCUGUUAUGAGAUUUCGCUGGGGGAUACCAUCGGUGUCGGUACUCCAGGUUCCAUGCAUAAGAUGCUGCAGAGUGUGAUGAAGGAGGUGCCCUGCAGCGCUCUGGCGGUCCACUGCCAUGACACUUACGGGCAAGCACUGGCCAACAUCCUUGUUGCUCUUCAGAUGGGGGUCUGUGUGGUGGAUUCUGCAGUAGCUGGUCUGGGAGGUUGCCCGUACGCUCAGGGUUCAUCUGGCAACGUUUCAACAGAGGAUGUUCUCUACAUGCUCCAUGGCAUGGGCAUUGAGACUGGCGUGAACCUUCCUAAAGUAAUUGAGGCCGGUGACUUCAUCUGCAAAGCUUUACGUCGCAAGACAAACUCCAAAGUGACCCAGGCAUCGAGCAGAGCACUGUGACGUGUUCCUGUACAGAAAUAUGUUUCAGUAUUUGACUCUUUUCCCUUUUAAGUGCUUCCCCUGUUGUUGCUGCAUUCAGAAUUGUUGCCUAUGCUGCUGUAUUUGAGGUUUUUCUUCCAAAUAGUUUUAAGAAUCCCCAAAAGAUUCAGCCUUGUUUUGUGUUAAACCCAGCUUCACAUUCAUUUAUUCAUUUCUUGAAUCUGUGAGGAGUGGAAGGACAAUCAGAUCAUCGGGUUUUUUGUGAGGUACUUUUUUAGGCUUAUCUUUUUGGUGUAUGUGAUUAGACAUUAGAAAAGUAAGCUACUAACAAGAAAGUUUGGAUAAAGGUCUGAAUGACUUGAUGACUUUUGCAUCUAAACGAAGUGUAGGUUAGUGUUUUCUGUUUCUUUUCAUAGCUCAGUGGCCUGUUAGUAAAAUAAUACCUAAGUCUGCUCUGGCUACUUUCUAAACUCUGAUGUUGUUCAUGUUUCUUGAUGAAGAGAGAAUCUCAGCUUGCACUUUACUUUCUAAAGACCUUUCCAGCUUUUACACCAGCUCUGAUCCUGUGUGGACAACAAUCGAUGUUCAAGAUAACGAUUUAACAUUUUGGCAAGUUUUGAUCUCAGGUUUGCCAAAGAUGUUUUAAGAAGUGCCCAUUGAUCGUAUUGCCAUUAAAAAAUGUUUGCUGUGUUGUAAGCUACCGUUUUAGAGAACCGUCUUUGUAAGUGUAGUCCAGUGUUGUGUGUAUCCUGUCUGAUCAUAUUGUACUUUUCUGUCUGUAACAUGUAAUAAAACGGAAACAAAUCAAA